AUGAACACAGUUCGAUCUUUCUGGCUCGGAUGGGGCUCUCUCUGUGUCGCCGGCGGAGGCGCCUACUACUUUGCGAAGAAGCAGAUCAACGCCGAUCGAGCACAUCGGCUUGAAGAAUCGAGACGGAAGAGACAGAUGAUCGAUUCUCUCGAAUACUCAGAAAACGUCCCCAGCAAGCCCGGCUCGGCCGCGACCAUGGGGGGCGCACCGCCGACGGCCAACGGAACAUCGCCCCGAACGGAUCCAUCGGGAUCACCAAGCCAAGAAGCGAGCAACGACCCGGCACCCACAAGGCAUGCGCCGGCGACGGAGGGACAGAGAGUAUUCGAGAAGAGCAAAUAUGAGAGCAGCACGCCUUUCUCUAGCAAAAAGGGGGAUCGGUUCUCGUAG